UCCUGGACUUUUAACUUGCAUUUUCGAAUGUUUCAAGUCAAAAACUACAAGACUACAUAUUUUGGAACCGUUAAUUUUUGAUCCCCUAAAACGAAGUUUGACCGAAGCUGAUGCAUCUAUGCAAUUUGUAGCCCAUGGUAAUGCAUUUAUGGUAAUACAAGAUGUCCGUGAAGUUUUAGAAAACGAGAGCUUUAUUAUUUUGUAAAGGUUAAAGUUCAUUCAGGUCUACUUUGUAAGCUUUGACAGCUUCGAUUAGUGCUGAUGGAUCUUGGAAACGGACGGAAAAAUUGCGAGAAGAGUUUUGACACGGAUGAUGAUUCUGAUUAUGCAAUCAUAAAACGCAUUAAAAUGGAGCCAGAGGCCAUAUUAUCGCAAGAAGACGACAUAAUGGCUCAACUGCAACAAGAAAGUUCCGAUUUGGAAGUAGAACCAAGCUUUGCUUUAGAGGGCGCAGUAAAUGGAGACGACUGCAACGAAGGUGUACUAAUGCAGCAUAUGGACAUAAGAGAACCUCUGUCCACUUUAAGAAAUUUAUUAGAACAAAGAUUAGGAGUUGAAUUAACAGACUACUCAUUUUGGCUGCAAGAUGCUCAAAUGCUAGAGAGUCACAAAAACUUGGUGGACCAAUGCGUUCAAGGAGAAGGACUAGUUCAAGUAAAUGUUCAAAUAAAAGCUAAUCAAAGACGUAUUAAUAUAGUAGAUGUCUUGAAACCUGCCGAAGAUUACAUAGAAUUAGCAGAGAACAGCACAUCCGUUCCAAUUAAUGAAGACAGCAAACGAAACAUAAUUAGAUGGAUGGUUGAUCCACAGUACAAGAAAGAACAGGAACGGUUAAAAAUUCCAGCCGAUCCGAAAGAAUGGACACAGACGCACGUGAAGCAUUGGCUUCAGUGGGCAGUGAGACAGUUCAAUUUAGCAUCGGUGAAAUUAGCUGAUUGGAACAUAACUGGUCAACAGUUAUGCAAUCUUACGCUUGAGGAGUUCCAGGCGAAAGUGCCACUUGAUCCAGGGGAAGUGUUUUGGACUCAUUUAGAGCUACUUCGAAAGUGUAAAUUUGUUGCCGUUGUACAAAAGGACCCUCCAGCAUCACCUACAGAAAAUAACGUUGAGAAGUCAAUCAAAGUUCGAAACCAGAAGACUCCAAAAUCCCGACCGGUGGUGAAUCAACAGGCUCGAGUGGUCAGUGUUCCUUUUGAGAACAUCGAAUCCACGCCAAUUACGAUAGCAACCUCUAGCCGUUCGGUCAACAGUGGUCAGAUACAAUUAUGGCAAUUUUUGUUGGAGCUAUUAACCGACCGGGAGCACAGAGGUGCUAUACAAUGGGUGGGGACCGAAGGAGAGUUCAAGUUGAAUCAACCAGAAGCGGUGGCACAACUUUGGGGUGCGCGUAAAAACAAACCGUCGAUGAAUUAUGAAAAAUUGAGCCGCGCCUUACGCUAUUAUUACGACGGAGAUAUGAUUUCUAAGGUUCACGGGAAACGAUUUGUGUACAAAUUUGUAUGCGACUUGAAGCAAGUUCUCGGUUACUCGGCCGCUGAGCUUAGUCGGUUAGUGGAAGAAGGUAGAAGAUAUUUCUGAUGGAACACUAUUUUUCUACGCUCACAACGAUCUUUAUCAUCCUACUUCCAGAAUAUUUUGCACCAAUCAUUGUACAUAUUCAGUGAAAAAUAUACAAUAUUGUUUAUAUAAGAAGAAAAAAAUAUUAAUUGUUACUCAGACAAUCGGGCAUAUAAUACUGAAAUAUAAAGAUUAAUAUAAA